GUGCGCGCGCGCGUGUGUGUGUGUGAGAGAGAGCCAAAGCGAGUCUCCUCUGAGCUCAGUCCAGUUCCGGAGGACAGGAUGGCGCUGCCUUUACGCACGGACUCGGCUUCAACUUAUUCUCUAAGUUUCUGAGUGCUAAAUGUGGUUUUCCUCCCACACAUCCUGCUUUUAACCGGAUUUAUUUUGUCGAGUGACGGUUUUCACAAACAAAUCGCCCUUUUUCCCCUGACCGAGGCGUCGCGGUGGCAGCAUGAGGGCUGAGAAACUUCCGAGGAUCCGGAUGGACGUUCCUGUCAUCCUGCUGCUCAUCCACCUGACCCAAACUCAGAUUAGAGCACUGGUGGCCAGCGCGGUGGAAGAAGAUGCUCGAUGUCCCCUCGGCCAGUUCCCCUGUGGUAACAUGAGUGAAUGUCUUCCUCAAGCUCUGCAGUGUAACGGACACAAAGACUGUCCCAACGGAGCUGACGAAUGGCGCUGUGGUGACAACAUUGGCCUGGCAGACUUCAUAGGUGAAACGCUUCAGAAUGGACCUGUGAUACCUUCCUUCCUGUAUGAGUGCUUUUUGCAGGACUACCCAGAAAGCUGUGACUGCAUCCAAACAGAUGUUGAGUGUGUGGAGGUCAACCUAAAGGAAGUGCCCCCCAUCUCUCCAAAUGUCACCUGGCUGUCGCUGAGGAGCAACAAAAUCCAUGUUCUGCCGGACUUUGUUUUCUCUGAAUACUCGGCGCUAGAGAGAUUGUUUCUGCAAAACAACAGCCUCCAGUUUGUAUCUAAACACGCAUUCAGUGGUCUGUUCAGCUUGAAAAAAUUAUUUCUCAGUGAAAAUUUAAUAUCCUCCCUUAGUCCUGGUGUGUUCAGGGACCUGAAUCGAUUAGAAUGGCUGAUUUUGGAUCAUAACCCACUAAGCAGCUUGACCCAUGAGACCUUCCUUGGCCUUCACUCCCUCGUGUACCUAUCCAUGGUGCACACCUCGCUGCAGCAGCUUCCUCAUCCAAGCUUCUGUCAACAUAUGCCUGCCUUGGACUGGCUCGAUCUUGAGGGAAACCAGAUCCAAACUCUUAACUUCUCCAUCUUAAAGACGUGCAGCAAACUUGAAGUCCUAUUAUUGAUGGACAACAGGAUCAAAAGAAUUCCUGAAAGCACCUUCCAGUCUCUGCUGAAGCUGGCUGAACUGAAUCUGUCCAGCAACAAGAUCAUGGAGCUGCCAAAGAACACCUUUAAGAGCCUCUCCAAAACCCUCCUGAAACUAAAUAUAUCCCACAAUCCCAAUCUCCGCAUCCACCCCAUCCACUUCAGCCACCUGACUCGUCUCCAGUCUCUAGCUUUAGAAGGAAUCGAGAUCCAAGAUAUUCAGACGAAAAUGUUUCUGCCCAUGAAAAACCUGUCUCACAUCUACUUUAUGAAGUUCCAGUACUGCUCCUACGCACCCCACGUCAGGUCCUGCAAGCCCAACACAGAUGGCAUCUCAUCCUUUGAGGACCUUCUGGCCAACAUGGUGCUGCGGGUGUCCGUCUGGGUCAUGGCCUUCAUCACCUGCUUUGGUAAUCUCUUAGUCAUCGGCAUGAGAUCGUUGAUUCGUGCGGAGAACAACCUGCAUGCUGCCUGCAUCAAAGUCCUCUGCUGUGCAGACUGCCUCAUGGGGGUGUACCUGUUUUUUGUUGGUGUGUACGAUUUGAAGUUUCGUGGACAGUACAAUCGAAACGCCCUGUUCUGGAUGGAGAGUGUGGAGUGUCGCACCAUCGGAUUUCUGGCUAUGCUCUCCUCAGAGGUGUCUGUUCUCCUCCUGACGUACCUGACUCUAGAGAAGUUCCUGGUCAUUGUCUUCCCCUUCAGCAAUUUACGUCCCGGCAAACUUCAGACAGGGGUGAUCCUGUCUUCUAUAUGGCUGAUGGGGUUCAUUAUUGCCGUCGUGCCGCUUCUGAAUGAAGAGGUCUUCGGGAACUACUAUGGGCGUAACGGCGUCUGCUUCCCCCUGCACUCUGACAGGCAAGAAAAACCCACCGCCAAAGGAUAUUCCACUGGAAUAUUUCUGGGUCUAAACCUGGUGGCGUUCCUGGUGAUUGUCAUCUCCUACUCCAGCAUGUUCUGCUCCAUCUAUAAAACUGGAAUCAAUGCCACAGACCUGAGGAGCAGGCUGCACAGAGACGUGGCCGUGGCCAACAGGUUUUUCUUCAUCGUGUUCUCUGACGCCCUCUGCUGGAUUCCCAUAUUUUUAGUUAAAGUUCUCUCUCUCCUGGAGGUGGACAUACCUGGAACGAUCUCCAGCUGGGUGGUCAUUUUCAUCCUUCCUAUUAACAGUGCCUUGAACCCCAUCCUGUACACUUUGACCACCAGCUUCUUCAGAGAGCAGGUGGAGGUUUUACUCUGCCGCUGGCAGAGGAGACACACCCUGAAGAAGGACCGCAAAAGCCUCACCUCCUCCACAAUCUUCAUGGAGCCGCCGCGGGCGCCUUGCUGCCAGGCGCCGGCCUACCUCCAGAGGUUGUCGCUGAUCGAUGCAGACCCCCGCUACGCCUAAGAGGAAGAAAGAGAAGAUUUUGGGAACUACGGGUCAUAAGCCUUUUUUUUAUUUUUUUAUUUUGACAAAAGCACUGUUUUAACAUUACAAACUCCCAGGAGGAAACAAUCACUGUGCUUGUUCAUCAUGCACUGACAUUUGUUUUUAUUCAUUCCUACAUGCAAGCAGCACCUUGGGCUUGCCGCCUUAAACCUUUGACCCACAGCCCCUUCCAACAUGGACCUGAGGAGCCGGGGACCUACGGCUGUCUCCAUGUUUACGAGCGGACGUGGACGACGUCGCGUCAGCACAUGAGCCAAACAAGAAAAACGUACAUGCACUAUUUUCUGUGAAGAGACUUAAAAAGGACAAAUCGUUUGUGUCGCAGCAGGAAACGAGGAAAAAGAAAAUGUGACAUUUCUUAACCAAUAAAGAUGCGUGAUCAUAAUUUAUUGUAAACAAAACUGAUUUAUUGUUGAAAAGCCAAAGCCUGAUUUUUAUUUUCAUUUUUAUUGUGCGGAAAUAAAAAUAAUGCCAUUUUAAGAGGUAAAGCUUUUAUUUCUGUGGCACCAUUAGCUCUCAGAUUUACAGCCAAUAAAACUUUCAUGAUUAAAAGUGGAAAUGAAGCUGCAGUGCCGCGAGUUUAUUAUAGGAUUUUGUUGUGCCAUCUUUCAAAAAUGGUUCAAAUAUGCAUCUCCCAUGUUGUUCACAUUCCCUCGUUUUGUUGAAUGUGUUGUCUGUGACCUGAAUUUUAACACAUUUUGAUCACAUUUCUACAUUCGUCUGCUUGUGUCAGAGGGUUUCUGUGGUUUUUUUAAUUUAUUUUUUGUCAUAUUUUUCAACAACUAACUGGAUGAAAUCUUUUUUUAAUGAUAUGAUUUUUUAAUGUAGUUAUUGACAAACAAGGGCCUGACUAUGUGUUUGAGACCAUUUUAACUUUGUUUCACGUUCCAUCGUAAAAAUAUAUCAGCUGCACUAAAUCUUGAGUGAAAAAUAACAAACAGCAGAAAAGGAACAGAGGAGGAAAAGAACCCAAGGAGAGGGAUGAAAAGGGUGCUAUAAAUAAAUUGCACACGCUUUAGCCGUAGCCUGAUAAACUGAAGAAAGUUGCUUCCUGUCAAGCUGUAUGAAUACAUAUUUAUAAUUUUAUUAUUCAUAAUUUGGUCAAAGAAGCUGCCUUCUUGUGUGUUAUGAACACUUUGUUCUGUGGUUUUUCUUCUUUUAUUUGGAUUGUUGAAAUUUGUGCUUGUCCUACCUUUUGGAAAAAAUAAAAGAACGAAUAACAUUG